AUGGUGUUGGUCCUUCAAGUGUCCACCAGAGAGCAGCAGCAGCAGCUGAAAGUAGGUGAGUGUGUCUGUCUGGGAGCUUGCACCAUCAAACUCGAGCUCCUAAAAUCACGUGUCAAUCUUUUUGUUUUUUCCUCAGAGAGGGAUCUCGAUGCUGAAACCGUCAGUUUCACCACCUCGUCCGAUUCAUCCGCCUCUGGGUUUACCACUCAUCCAUCCCCCCCUGCUUCAGCUAGCAGCGUUCCUGUUGAACCUUGGACUGGAAUCCCACACCCGACGUCUUCGUCUGACACACAAAGCACUGAGAAACGUGCCUUCAGCAUCGUCACCACGGUGGCACAGUUAUGGGAGUCUUCCAUUUCUAAACAGGAGGGAAGUACGAGCUUGGAAUCAGAAGACUCAGUCACAAUUGAUACUGAGGAAGAACAACUGCAUGUGACCAAGGCUGAAGACACCAGUUUUGCCACCACCAAGUCUUCAGAGAGGUCAAACAGUUCUCAGCUGCCUACUGAUUCUACCACAGCACUGUAUCGCACACCAGGGUCCAGAGGGUAUUGGGGUACUGCGACUAUUGCUUCUGAAGAGGCAAGUGGACUGGAACCUGGAACAGAUACAGUUACUGCAGUCUUCGGAAAAGACAACAAAGUUGCUCCAACUGAGGAAAUUAAAGUUUUUCCGACUGUUGAAGGUGAGGCUAAAGUUUCCUUUUCACUGGAACAGGGAGUUAAAGUUUCUCCAACUCCUGAAGAAGACAUCGCAAUUACUCUAACCUUUGAAGGGGAAAUUUUACCAACCUUGGAAGAAGAGGCUAAAGGCUCCUUUUCACUGGACGAGGAAGUUACACUUUCCCCAGUGUAUGAAAGAGAAUUAAAUGUUCACCCAACAACUGAAGAAAAAACAAAUUUUUCCACUGCUAUGAAAGAAGAAACGUACAUUGCCAGAACACUUGAUGUUAAAGUCACCCCAGUUCUUAAAGGGACAACUGUUUCCCCAACUUCAAAAGAAGAAUAUAAUAUUACUUCAACCAUUGAAGAUGAUGUUGUCCCAAUCCUUGAAAAGUUUGAUGUUGGAUCAACCAUUGAAGAAGAAGCAAAUGUUGUCCCAACCCCUGAACAACUUGAUGUUGGUCUAACGUCUGGAGAACAAGCUAAUGUUUCCCUACACUUAGAAGAGGAAGCUAAUUUUACCACAGUCCUUGGAGAAGAAUCUAAAAUUGCUUCAACCUCAGAGGAAAAUGUCAACUUUGCUCCUACAGUUGAGGAGGAUUUCACCAUCUAUCCUCUCGAUUCACAAAGUUCUAACUGGGCUCUGGUGACCACCACAACUGGACCCCAAGAAUCUGUCAAUGAUCUCGAGUACAGCAGAAGAACCACUUCCCCCUCCUCAACAGCAGCUUCACGUUCCUCCACAAGUACAAAGCCCACCAGAGCUACAACAGGAACGACGAGCACCACCAUCACAACCACCACACAUUGGUCCAGACGCGCCUGGAGCCCGACCACAUCGACGCCCAGAAUUUUCCACAAGACAACAGGGCCUCAGAGGGUGACACACCACAAACCACCAGUGGAUCAGGGUCUGGUGGAUGUGGAGUUUAGUUCCACCCAGCCACCCACCCUGCUUAUCUUGCCCAAUGAGAGGGCAGCUGUAGGCAGUACAGGGAAAGCUUCAGACGCUUGUGUGGACAACCCUUGUCUCAAUGGAGGCACCUGCACAGACCGAGACGGGCAGAUUAAAUGUCUCUGUUUGCCGACAUAUGGAGGCACCUUCUGUCAGACUGACAUGGAGCGAUGUGAACCAGGCUGGGACAAGUUCCACGGUUUCUGUUACCGACACUUCGGCCAGCGUCUGAGCUGGGAGGUGGCAGAGCAGCACUGUCGCAUGCUGGGAGCUCACUUGGUGUCCAUCAUGACCCCAGAGGAACAGAGCUACAUUAACAGUAACUAUAAAGAAUACCAGUGGACUGGUCUGAACGAUAAGACAAUUGAGGAUGAUUUCCGCUGGUCUGAUGGGAACCCACUGCUCUAUGAGAACUGGUACAGAGGACAGCCAGACAGCUACUUCCUCUCUGGAGAAGACUGUGUGGUGAUGGUGUGGCACGAUGACGGACGCUGGAGUGACGUGCCCUGUAACUAUCAUCUGGCCUACACCUGCAAGAAAGGCACCUCCUCAUGUGGUCCACCACCAAAGGUCCGAAACACCUCCAUAUUUGGAAAAGCUCGACAGCGAUAUGAAACCAAUGCAGUUGUACGUUAUCACUGUGCCAAAGGUUUCCAGCAGAGACUGAGUCCUCUGAUCAGGUGUUUGCCUGGAGGCAUGUGGGAGAGGCCGCAAAUUAUGUGCACCCCUGAGGCUGGAGGUCCAACCCAGCAGCCCGAGCAGACGUCAGCAACCCACAACCUUGCAGCGAUUCAAGAUGAGUUUGAGGCUAAGGAAACUAAGAAGAUGCCACAGUACUGGGACAUCAAGUUUUAAGAGUCGGCUUUCCUUGUCUUGUUGUGUUUAACUCUGCUGCUGUGAGAUGACACAAGAACUGAGUGCUUUUACCAAUGACUGCUCAAACAGCACAGGACACACUGAACUCAACUUCCUCUUUUCCAAAGAACAUGAGUGCACUUAAAGGCUCUGAAUUCUUUUAAGGGGUACACUUUUUGCUAAAAAAACAAAACAACAACCAACAUUUAUAUUUUACCAAGAAUUUAAAUGAUAAUGCAGUGACUGCCAGUAACAAUAAGGCCAAGGUUAAAGUGAUGACCUUACGAGUCACAGUAAAUCUCUCUGCCAGCUUCAAAUCUACAUUAAUAACUGUACUCUUUGUGGUUUUUGAAGAAACUAUUUUUUUUAAAUGGUGCUAAUAUUUUCAGAUCUUUGUAGACACCAGAGAUGUUUUUUUCCAGUGUCAUGUAAAAGUGAGACACAUCACUGCUUUUCCAAUAAUCUGCAUCUCCAAAGCACAACGUCAGUAAAUACUGUACAUAUGUUAGCGUUCACACCUGUGAUUGCUGUCCGCAUUCUGAAACCUCUGAUUUUCCAGCCGACACAGUUUUGUUCGUCAGCUUUAUGUUGUAAUAAAGUUUUGUAGAACAAAGCAAAGAAUAAAUUGUUCUCUUAUUUUACCCUCA